AUGACUGUGCUGAGCGGGCCGGAAGCGCAUCCAACAACCAAUCACCACCCUACGCCCGCCCUUUCACAACCAGAUCUAUACACAAAGACUCUUCUGCUACACAUACUACCAUUUUCACAAUGGUGGAGGCACGGUCAUGGACUACCAGAAGGCAAAAGGGGUAGCAACCCAAGACUUGAAUAUAACAAUGACCAAGUUCUUGAUAUUCCUGUAACCCCAACUGUAGAAAUCAGGCAGCAACAAUAUGCUUUGAUCUCGCCAAGUAUUCUUACAGCAGCCAUUAUUGCAUCCUGGUACCCAAUUUUCUUGACUAUGUUACACAUGUCUUGUGCUACCUAUAGUUUAUUAGCCAUAAAAUGGCUUGAAAUUGUGCCGUUCCAGCAAAUACAUAGCCGUAAGCAGUUUUUCAAGAUUUUUGCUUUGAGUGUGAUUUUCUGUUUCUCUGUUGUUUGUGGGAAUACUUCGUUGAGGUACCUUCCGGUGUCGUUUAAUCAAGCUAUUGGUGCUGCUACUACAUUUUUUACAGCUAUUUUUGCUUUUGUUAUCACCUGUAAGAAAGAAUCUGCAGAGGUUUAUUUGGCACUGGUUCCUGUAGUUCUAGGCAUUGUUUUGGCUAGUAAUAGUGAACCCUUAUUAUCAGCUGAGGAAGUGAAGGUGAUGGAAAAGAUUCCUGGAUUCGUCUCAGUUCAAGUGCAGGUAGUAUGA